AUGAACUCAAUUUAGUAAUACUCAAAGUGUGAAAACCUUGGAUAAGGAACAUAUGGAAAGGUUUACAAGGGAAUAAAUAAAAAAACUUAAGAAGUUGUCGCAAUCAAAGAGAUAAUUCAUUCGGAAGAAGAAAAAAAGGAGGGAAUACAAUCAACUACAUUACGAGAAAUGUCGGUUUUGCUAUAGUUCAGGAACCAUCCCCAUAUUGUUGAAUUGAAAGAAGUGAUUUUAGAUGAGACUGAUUAUAAGCAGUAUCUGAUAAUGGAGUUUAUUGAUACAGAUCUUAGGAAAAUGAUUGAUAAACAUAAAAUGACGGAAAAAGGUUUAAUGGACGAGCACCUCGUAAAAAGGCUACUCCUUCAUAUUUUAAGAGGUCUUUAUGCUUUACAUAGUUAACUUAUAUUUCAUAGAGAUCUAAAACCUGCUAAUAUUUUAGUCCAAAAUGGAGUGGCCAAAUUGGGAGAUUUCGGGUUAGCGAAGCCUAUAGGUUAUCCAAUAAAUAGAACUCAUACCAAGGAAGUACAGACACUAUGGUAUAGAGCUCCUGAACUGCUUUUGGGCCACUUUAAGUAUUCUCCAGCAUUGGAUAUAUUUUCAUUAGGAUGCAUCUUCUAUGAAAUGUUAGUUGGAGAUGCAUUGUUUAAAGGGAAUAGUGAAAUUGAUUAACUCUUCAGAAUCUUUUAAUUUAUGGGUACUCCUCUGGAAUGGGAAGGCUUUAAAUCUAUGCCAUAUUAUUCAGCUCGAUUUCCAUAAUUUCAUGCAUAGGCAGAAUAACACUUAUCCAGUUACAAUAUCAGAAGGGAGGCUAAAGAUUUAUUAUUAAAAAUGCUUUAAAUUGAUAGUACCAGGCGAAUUACUGCCAAGGAAGCAAUAAAUGAUAUAUAUUUUUCUAUUAUUUGA